AUGGCCCCUAAGAAUCAGCCUCCUCCUCAAAGCCCUAAUCCUGAUCCAAAGUCGCAACCUCGAAUGCCAACCACAACUACGCCGGCUGUUAUUCCUCCAAAUUCACCUCCUUCAUCCAAACAGCCCGCCAAUAGCUCUCCAGCAACACAUAGCCCAACUCCCAAUCGGAAUCCAUUUCCUCCGAAUCAGAAACAGUCUACAACUAACCCUAAUGAAACCCCAAGUACUGAAAAACACACAAGUCCUCUUCCAUGUCCUCCAUCCCAACAGCCUCAAGCUGCUUUUCCUCCAAAUGAGCAGCAGGUUAUGACUGCACCUGUUUCUUCUACAAAUGAUACUGCUCAAACCUCAAGUACCGAAAAGGUAUUUACUCCUAACAGUAAACUUCUUCCAGCCCAACAGACAACUUUUUCGUCCCAAGAACCUAGUGAUAGCCUAAGCACCCAAAGUGUUUCUCCUCCUAAUAAUAAAACACUUCUGUCAUCCCAGCAACCUAUGAACAAUGAUCGUCCUCCAAGUGAACCUCUUAAAGAAAACCCUACUCCAGCCACAUGUACCAGCAAAGUUGAUAGUUCAAAUGAGUCUAAAAGUAAGUCACCUCCCAAAUAA